AUGGAUCCCCGGUACCAUCGCACGCCUUCGCCAGGCCAGCCGACUCAGCAUGGCUAUCAGUUGGAGGACAACCCGUUCAACAACCAGGCACAGACAGGAUACCACCAGCCUCCUCCUCAACAUGUGGACGACCCGUAUGGCCGCCCCAGCCCUCAUUCUCAGCUCGAUAUCCCCAUGGCACCUGGCCGCUAUGGCACUCCCAGUGACCAAUUACAACUGAACGCAGCACACUCUGUAAGCAACUUGAGCGGGUACGAUACGCCAGUGAACCACGGCGACUACGGUGUGAACCCGGAAGCGCAUCAUGACGCAUACUACAACCAGUCUUACGAACCUUCACCCCAUGAUCAACAUAGUGGAUAUAACGAGUUUGACGAUAACAGGCCGAUGCUACCUCACCAAGACACUACGCCCACCGAUGGGGGAUACCAGGACAAUCCAACACCACAGCCAGCUGGAGGUAUCAAGAGAUGGAAGACCGUUAAGCAAGUUUUGUUGUACCGGGGAAACUUGGUUCUUGACUGCCCCGUUCCCCCAAGACUGCUUAACCAGCUUCCUCACGGCGAGCGUGACGAGUUUACCCACAUGCGCUACUCCGCAGCCACUUGCGAUCCGAACUUCUUCUACGACGACAACUUCACACUGAGACAGAGGCUCUUCUCCAAGCCGAGACAUACAGAGCUUUUCAUCGUCGUCACCAUGUACAAUGAGGACGAAAUCUUGUUCGCACGGACAAUGAUUGGCGUGUUGAAGAACGUUGAGUAUAUGUGCAGCCGGAAAGAGAGCAAGACUUGGGGCAAGGAUGCCUGGAAGAAGAUUGUUGUCUGUGUGGUCAGCGACGGUCGUGGCAAGAUCAACCCGAGAACACGAGCGCUGCUGGCUGGUAUGGGUGUAUACCAGGAGGGUAUUGCGAAGCAACAGGUCAACGGCAAGGAUGUCACGGCCCACAUUUACGAGUACACCUCCCAAGUCGGCAUGACGAUCAAGAACGACGUCGUCACCUUGGUCCCUAAGCAGCAGCCCGUUCAGAUGCUGUUCUGCCUGAAGGAGAAGAACUCGAAAAAGAUCAACUCCCACAGAUGGUUCUUCCAGGCCUUCGGCCGCGUUCUCGACCCCAACAUUUGUGUCCUCAUCGAUGCGGGUACCAAGCCUGGUGGAAACUCCAUCUAUCACCUUUGGAAGGCUUUCGACCUCGAGCCCAUGUGCGCUGGCGCUUGCGGUGAAAUCAAGGCCAUGUUGGGAACUGGUGGAAAGCACCUUCUUAACCCUUUGGUGGCGACGCAAAACUUCGAGUACAAGAUGAGCAACAUUCUCGACAAACCCCUGGAAUCCGCCUUUGGCUUCAUCUCUGUGUUGCCUGGCGCCUUCUCAGCCUACCGUUACGUUGCUCUGCAAAACGAUAAAAACGGUCAAGGUCCACUGGAGAAGUACUUUGCUGGUGAGAAGCUUGAAGGUGCCGGCGCUGGUAUCUUCACAUCCAAUAUGUAUCUCGCCGAGGAUCGUAUCCUCUGCUUCGAGCUUGUCACGAAGAGAAACUGCCAUUGGAUUCUGCAGUACGUCAAGUCUGCUACUGGCGAGACUGAUGUGCCGGAUACCGUCACGGAACUUGUCCUCCAACGUCGUCGUUGGCUGAACGGUUCCUUCUUCGCUGCCAUCUACGCUAUUGCCCACUUCUACGAAUUCUUCCGGUCCGACCACUCUAUUUUACGAAAGCUAAUGUUCUUCAUCGAGUUCGUCUUCAACACGAUCAACAUGAUUUUCGCAUGGUUUGCCAUCGGUAACUUCUUCCUGGUCUUCAAGAUUCUUACGACGAGCUUGGGCGAGGACACCUUGCUAGGUAGGACCGGCGAGAUCCUCGGCGUGGUCUUUACCUGGCUCUACGGAAUUUCACUCAUGACUUGUUUCGUUCUCUCCAUGGGUAAUCGUCCAGCCGGUUCCGGUGCUUACUACAUCACGAUGGUCUACUUCUGGGCGCUUAUAAUGAUCUACCUGUUGUUUGCCGCCGUGUUUAUUGCUGUCAAGGCUAUUAUCGCUGAUGUCAACGACUCGAACGGCUUCAACGUCAGCGACCUCUUCAAGAAUCCAGUUUUCUACACCCUCAUCAUCUCCGUCAUGUCGACUUACGGUAUUUGGUUACUUGCCUCGGUGCUCAUGUUUGAUCCCUGGCACAUGAUCACCUCAUUCGGACAGUACAUGCUUCUGACGCCUACCUACACCAACAUUCUCAAUGUUUACGCAUUCUGCAACACUCACGAUAUCUCAUGGGGUACCAAGGGUGACGACGGCGCCGAGAAGCUGCCUACCGUCAGCACCAAGGAUGGUUCAGGAAAGACCGAUCUUCCCGACGAGGCUGAUCUCAACGCCCAGUACGAGCGCGAGCUCAAGGUCUUUAGCGCCAAGUUCGUCAAGGAAGUUAAGGCCCCUACGGACUCGCAAAAGGCUGAGGCUCAGAUGGACUACUACCGUGGUGUCCGUUCCGUUGUAGUGCUGGCCUGGAUGAUCUCCAACUUUGGCCUUGCUGCCGUCGUUCUCAGUGCCGCUGGCCUCGAGAGGAUAAGUCCCACCGCAGAUAGUACUGCCGACAAGGACGGCCGUGCCAACAUCUACAUGUCGGUUGUGUUGUGGUCGGUGGCGGGACUUUCGUCUUUCAAGUUCAUUGGAGCGAUGUGGUUCCUCGUCGUCCGCAUGUUCAGAGGUGUAUAA